GCUGUGCCCCUCUCCUCCUCAUCACAGGAGCACGGACAGGUACUUGCUUAGCCCUACUGUUGUAUUAUUUUCUGGGACGAGAUGGACUGUUAAGAGUUUUGGGAUUAUAUCGUCCUGGACUCACUGGGCUGUUUUGCGUAAGGGGUUCGUGACGCUGACUGUAUCAGAUCAGGAUCAGGAUUUGCUGUGUAGUCUCCCACAGGAUGGAGGCUGUGUUGAAUGAGUGGAUUUGGCGGUCUGAGCUCUGGCUUCCUCCGGGGACACGCUGGGAGGACCUGGACAUGGACCUGGAGCAGGGGCAGUUACCUCAACCGCGGGACCUUACCUACACUGUUCCUUUGGCACUUGCCUUCAUCGCCUGCAGAUAUGUCUUUGAGAGGGUAGUUGCAGUUCCGUUAAGCAGGCUCUUAGGUGUGAAGGACCGGGUUCGAAUUCGAGCCUUCUCUCAACCAAAGCUGGAGGCGUACUACAAACACAACAGUCGGCAACCAUCACAAAAUGAGGUAUUAAACUUAUCAAAGCAAUCUGGACUAUCCCAAAGAAAAAUACAGACAUGGUUCAGACACAGAAGGAAUCAGGAUCGACCCACGAAUACAAAGAAAUUCUGUGAAGCCACUUGGCGUUUUGUUUUCUACCUGGUCUCAUUCAUUGCGGGUCUCAGCUCUUUAAUUAAAGCCCCAUGGUUUUGGGACCAGAGAGAAUGCUGGAGAGGUUACCCUAAACAGCCUGUGUCAGAUGCUCAUUAUUGGUAUUACAUCUUAGAGCUGGGAUUUUAUUUAUCGCUGCUUCUGUGCGUCUCUGUGGAUGUCAAGAGAAAAGACUUCAAAGAGCAGGUUAUCCAUCACAUUGCCACUAUACUUCUGAUUGGGUUCUCAUACUGUUCCAACUUUGUGAGGGUGGGCACUUUGGUGAUGUUAGUGCAUGACUCUUCUGACUUCCUUCUGGAGUCUGCUAAAAUGCUCCACUAUGCUGAAUUGACGUGCAUAUGUGACACAUUAUUUGUCAUGUUCGCCGUGGUAUUCCUGUUCACAAGACUUGUUGUUUUCCCUUUCAGGGUGGUCUACUCAACUCUAGUUUUGUCUAUGGAUUUCUUUGAGCCCUUCUUUGGGUACUAUUUCUUCAAUGCUUUACUGUUAGUUCUGCAAGCCCUACAUAUCUUCUGGGCCUAUCUCAUCCUACGAAUGGUUUACAAAUUUGCAUUUGCUGGCAAGGUGGAGAAAGAUGAACGUAGUGAUGAGGAGAGUGAAGGGGAAGAUGAAGAAGAGCUCGAAGAUGAAGGAGAUGGAGCAAACUGGGAACAAAGCAAAGAUUCAAUCAACUCUAAACUGGUGUCUCUAGCCAAUAACUGUGUGCUGAAUAACCUUACCAGCCAGAGGAGCAUCAGCAGGCUACCCAAAGCCAGAUAAUGAACCAUUCUGAAAAUCAUUAUGUAUAUUUGUAUAUACUGUAUGUGCAUGCAUAUGACACACCUUAUCAUUUGUUUAAACUUUACUAUGUGCAAACAGCUUGUAGAUUAUAAUACAAACAUGGAGAUUGUUGCUGGUUUUAAUUGAAUUCACAUGAAUAUAAUUUAGACAAAUUCCAGUAGAGAUUUUUUUUUUUAAGUCAAGUCUACACUGCCUAGCUAAUGUACUGCACCCUCUAGUGUAUAUAAAUGUCUUGACAUCAGACAACAAUUAUAAAAGUUUUUUAUAGAUUGUGUAAAAGACAUGAACUCCAGUUAGUCAGUUAGGUUUAUUUUCAGUGCUGUGGCUGAUAUAGGCUAUUCAAAUAUUUUGGUUUUGGAUGAAGUAGUAAGGUAAAGCCUAGCUGUUGUGGUAUGGCUGUUGCUUCAGUUAAUACCAUAGUUCGGACUAUAUAAUAUAGUAUUCAUUUUAAUACAUUUAAUAAAAUGACCAAUAGACA